AUGUCUUUACCAAGUAACUACAAACAAAUUGCACCCGCACAGCCAGCCACACCGGCUAGUGGUACUGGCAGCGGUAGUGGUGGUGGCGGCGGAGGAGGAAGAUCUCGUUCUUCUGGUGCUGGUUCUGCUUCGGAACGGAACAAGGAUAACACUCCAAUAUUUACUCAUAGCAAUUAUAGUAAUCCAGCAUUUACUCCACAGAAAGCGGGCAAGUCAUCGUCAUCGAAAAAUCAAUCGGAAAGUCGUGCUCCCAAGCCACCAAAACCACCAGAGAAACCUAUUCUCCCGUACAUGCGUUAUUCCAAACGGAUAUGGGAUAGUGUUAAGGCGCAGCAUCCCGAUUUGAAACUAUGGGAAUUGGGUAAGAAAAUUGGUGCUAUGUGGAAGCAGUUAACCGAGGCGGAGAAACAAGAAUUUGUCGAUGAAUACGAAGCCGACAAGGCCGAAUAUGAGAAAACCCUAAAAGCUUAUCACAACUCACCGGCUUAUCAAGCGUAUUUGGCUGCAAAGAGUAAGGCCAAAGCUGAUGGUGACAUACAUGAAACACCGUCCCGUGGUGGUGGUGGCAAGGGUCAACAAGAACGUCGCAUUGAUAUCCAACCAGCCGAGGAUGAAGAUGAUCCAGAUGAGGGCUAUUCUUUCAAGCAUGUAGCCUAUGCGCGAUACCUACGCAACCAUCGUCUUAUCAAUGAGAUAUUCUCUGAUGCUGUGGUACCAGAUGUCCGUUCUGUGGUCACAACCCAACGUAUGCAGGUGCUAAAGCGUCAGGUUAGCUCCCUGACAAUGCAUCAAACAAAACUGGAGGCUGAGCUACAACAAAUGGAAGAGAAAUUCGAAGCUAAGAAACAACGAAUGAUGGAAUCUAGUUUAGCUUUCCAAGAGGAGCUGAAACGUCACUGCAAACCAGCCGUCGAUGAGGAUACUUUCCAGAAAAUGGUCCAAAAAAUAUACGAAGAAAUGAAACGUGAACGUCAACGUUUGCUGGAUGAUCCGAAUGCUGGUAAAUUGCCAGCCAUUGGUGGUGGACCGGUGGCAGCUGCUGCAGGGGGUACUACAGCUCCAUCGGCAACACCAGGGCCAGAGGCGAAAAAGGAUAAUGCCCCGGCAGCACUGGCUCCCACAAUGACAUCAUCUGGUGGGCCAUCAAUAACGGGAGUGGUAACUAUUCCCCCUAUGAAGCCACCGCAUGAAUCUGGCAGUAAAACAGAUCCUGAACCAAUGGACAUUGAACCGCCAGCAAAACCAACAGCACCUAUAGCUCCAAAACCCGAACCUAAAUUGAAUGAGAACACAGGGAAGCAGAAAGCCGCUUCGGAAACGGCUAAAGAUUCGCCUAAACCCAAAGGCGGAAAGAGCGCUGCAGCACAUCCAGCUCCACCACCUACAGCAGGUGCUCCGCCACAACAACCACCACCUGGCGAGCAGCCUUUGCCGGCAACAGCACAACAACAACCUGCUGGUGCAACAGCUGGGCCGAUGCCACCAAAUGUAACAGCACCACCCAAUGUUACGGCGCAGCCACCUCCGGCCAAUCAACAUGUUCCACCCACAUCUGCUGCCGCUCAUCAACCACCACCACCUCAUGCGCCCAGCAAUAUGCCGCCCAUGCAUCCGCAUCAUGCACAACCUCCACCACCACAACAACACGGCGGACCUGCUCCUCCACCACCAUCUCAUUUACCGCCACACAUGCAACCACAUCCACAGGCUCCAAUGGGUUCAAUGCCACCACAUGGACCCUAUGCCCAAUAUGGACCGCCACCCACUGGACCCACUCGAUCACCCUACUAUCAGCCACAAUAUGGAGCUCAUCCACCACCACAACAACCGUAUGGUCAAUAUCCACCAUAUCACUAUCAACAACCCUACGGCCCACCACCAGGUUCGCAUUACAUGAAUUCUCGACCACCACCACAACAUAAUGGCGGCGCACCUCCACCAGGUGCACACUAUGCUCCCGAACAUGUUGGUGGACCACCACCACCGCAAUCACAACCUGGUGGACCUUUGGGACCACCACCUCACAUGGCUCCACAUGAUGUCUACGGUCAGCCGCCACCACCACCGCAACAACAACAGCAGCCACCACCUCCUACGGGCCAUAAUCCAUUGCCACCACAACAGCAACCAUUGCCACCAGCUGCACCACCAUCCAGUGCACCAGCGGCUGCUCAACAGCCACCACCAGCCGACGAUGGUGGACCACCAAAGCCAGAGUCGGAAGAAAGCAAAGCUGAAUAG